AUGACCGUGUCAGAGAUGUCGUGGCGCUCGUCCUUCCACUGCUCCAAGUUCCGUCACGUAUUCGGGAAAACAUCCAGCAGGGAGCAGAGUUACGACAGCGUUCCUAUCACACGUGGAGUCCAUGACAAUCACUACUGCUCUGUUAAUCCUUGUUUCAUCGCCAUGGUGACCGAGUGCACCGGGGGCGGGUCCUUCCUGGUGCUGCCCAUCCAUCACACAGGCAGAGUUGACCCCCAGCACCCGAGGGUGUGUGGUCACAAGGCUCAGGUUCUUGACGUCAAGUGGAACCCGUUCAACGACAGCUGCAUUGCCUCGUGUUCUGAGGACUGCACGGUAAAGAUCUGGGACAUUCCACUCAAUGGCAUCCAACGGAACCUCACACAGGCUCGGAAGAGUCUGAUUGGUCACUCCCGGAGGGUGGGGCUCAUCGAGUGGCAUCCAACUGCCGAGAACCUUCUGCUAAGUGCGGCCUACGACUACAAGGUCCUCCUCUGGGAUGUGUCGCAGGAUGGGCCGGUGCUCAGGCGCCCCGUGCGUGUGGUCAUGGCGCCCAUCCGCCACCGCUUCCCGUCAGAGAUGUUGCUGCUCUCCGUCAGUUUCAACCAGGAAGGAAACCGGCUGGCGGUCACAUGUAAAGACAGACGCGUUCGAGUGCUGGACCCUCGCACUGGAAGGAUCCUCCAGGUCUCCUGCAACAAGUUUCACAGGGCCAACAAGGUUGUGUACAUCGGAGGUUUGAAGAUGCUUCUGAGCACUGGCUACUCGCCCUGGAAUCACAGACAGAUUGUCCUCUGGGACCCCGAUGACUUGUCGGAGCCUCUGUAUGAAGAAGAUCUUGACGGUGCGGCAGGAGUUCUCUUUCCAUUCUAUGAUCCAGACACUGACAUGCUGUAUCUGGCAGGCAAGGGUGACGGGAACAUUAGGUACUAUGAGCUGAGUUUGGAGAAACCUUACAUCAGCUUCCUGACUGAAUUUAGGUCUCCACUUCCCCACAAAGGACUUGCUGUUAUGCCAAAGCGUGGCCUAGAUGUCGGCGCCUGCGAGAUUUUCCGAUUCUAUCGCCUGAUCGCCGUCAAAGGCCUGGUGGAACCGCUGUCCAUGAUCGUGCCGCGCAAGGAGUCAGCGACAUUCCACGAGGACCUCUACCCAAUGACAGCGGCAAAUAGGGCAGCCGUGACAGCUCAGGAGUGGCUGGCAGGAAUUAACAGGGGUCCGGUCCUGAUGUCUCUACAUCCUGGCACUCGCGUGGUCAACCCUUACCCAGACACCCCCGCAGACAAGAGCUUGUACCUCAAGUCCACAGCUACAAAACUGCUUCCCCGUUCAACUACGGGCCUCAAUGAGAAGAACUUCCUGGAGGAGCAGCUAGCCUACCAGGAUGCCAAAUAUCACAGAGAAGCACACAAUCUUUCAGGGUCGGAGCUGUGGAUGUAUGACGUCACGCCCCAUUGCUGCGAGCCUGCCGAGAGGCCGCCGCCCACCACCGAGGAUGAGCUCCGCGAGGCGUUCUACAAACAACAAGAGGAGAUCAGAGGUCUCCGCGAAAUACUCGACCAGAAAGACGCGAGGAUCGCAGAGCUCGAACGAGAAGUCGGACAAAGCGACGACCGCCAAAGUGCGACAUGGUGA